AUGCAUGUCCUUAUUGUAAUCUCGCAUCCCAAUCAGAAAUCUCUCACCCACUCCCUUGCCCAGAGAGUGACCGAAGGAGCCGAAAGCAAAGGUCACAGUGUCAAGCUACUUGAUCUCUAUAAGGAUGGGUUUGAUCCUAUAUUCUCACAACGUGACUUUGAACAAUUUGAAGGUGUUCCCAUGACGGAAGACGUGCUACGACACCAGAAAUUGAUUGAGGAGGCAGAUGCUAUCUUCCUCAUCUUUCCUGUGUGGUGGUAUGGUUUACCCGCGAUGAUGAAGGGAUGGCUUGACCGAGUCUUCUCGGCGGGAUGGGCAUAUAAAGUUCAGGUUGACCCAGAGGGUACUCUACUUGCCAGUCGACCGUGCACAAUUCUGGCGCCAGCGGGGGCUUCAGCAAACCAGUUGAACCGAUGGGGCUAUGACAAACACAUCCAACACCUAUGGAGAUAUGGAGUUUUUGGUUACUGUGGAUUUGAACCUCUCCGGAUCACCAUUCUGGAGGAUGCAGAAUGGGCAGAGAGAGGAAAGGUGGCCACACAUUUGGAAACAGCUUUCAAGGCAGGGCAACUGAUUGGGAAUGAUCCCGAAGCCUCGGCGGGAAUUCAACGAUAUCUUGAUGAAGGGCUCAACAUACGUGGUGAGAAACACCAGGGGGAAGAUGCUUUGACAAAAUGA